CUUCAGACUACAGAGACAAGUUGUGGACUGUUUUACGAUGAUCGACACGGUAACUGUCUCGUCACACGUUUCGUUGACUAGGGCAUCUACUGCUUAGGUACUCCCUUACAAGAUUCCGACAUCUCUUGACAACAUAUGCUUACGUCUUCGUAGAUACGUGAACGCACACAUGUAUGUAUACAUAAAUACAUUGCAUCUUGGCGUAGAUAUAUAUAACUACACAAUCAUAUUUUUGGAUACCAUGUUGGACGCUCGAGAAACUGUCUCCAAGGGUGUAGUGCGAGGGCAACAUACUGAUACUAUUCCGUUGUGUGACGGAUGUCGAGGCAGAGAAGCCACCCUGAGUUGCCCCUGUGAGCAGAGGAUCUAUUGUGGCGACGAAUGCCAUGCAUUGGACUGGAAGAAUCAUUGGAAGAGUUGUUCGACUGUAGAUGACGAGCAGAAGAAAGCCGUAGCGGCAACCCAAACAAAAGCAUCUGAGGCGCGACUGGCCGAACAAAAGUGUGAUCACUGUCGGGUGAAAGUAGCAAUACUGCAAUGCGCCUGUGGUCAAAGAGUGUUUUGCGGCGAGAAUUGCAAGGAUUUAGACUUUAAAGAGCAUCGCUGGGUGUGUUCUGCUGUGCCCGAGGCGGAAAGUUCUGCGGGAUACCGAGCAGCUGUAGAACGACACGAGGCACGGCCGCAGUUCUGUGAUUUCUGUAAACAGAAGCCAGCCAUACAGGCUUGCUCUUGUAUGCAGAGAAACUAUUGUGGCGACGAGUGUGUGACGUUAGACUGGAAGCUGCACCGGUGGCUAUGUCCACUCGAAUCAGGAGGAAAGAGAUCGGCAACAGCCGGAAUACUGGUCGAACGACAAGAGGCACGCUCUCUGCCGCGGCACUGCUCUCGGUGUUUAUCGAAGAAAGCAACGGUAUCCUGUCCUUGCACACAGAGGUCAUUUUGCGACGAUCAGUGCUUUGCGUUGGACUGGAAGAAUCACCGUUGGGUGUGUCCCACUGUACCAGAGAAGAAUAAGUGGUCAACGCUGAGGACAGUGGUUGAGGAAAAGGAAAGGAAGGUAGCUCCCCGACCUCCGCUCAACAAUGGUAGACUGCCUACAAGUCUUGAUGACGAUCACCGAGCCCCAAGUACGCAGGCGAGCGGCACACCGGACAUCCCUAUAGUGGAGAAACGCUCUCUUGAGGUGAAAGUGUCGAGUGAUCGAGAUCACAGCAAGGAGAAUCAGCGCGAGAAAGAGAGUCAACCCAAUAAAAAACUAAGAGUUGACCGGGAGAGCUCGGGUGAAGGGCCAAGUCGAAGGGGGACCAGAGAUAUGGACAGGAAUAGUAAAGGUAGACAGCGCGAAAGCAGAGAAUCUAGUGGGGUGCGAGACUCGGGCAGGCACAAAGAAGAUGGAAGGGGUAGGGAUAGGGGCAGAAGUGGAAGCGUUUACAGACAAUCAGAGAAAGAACGAGAGAGCCGCAAGCAUGUGGAUAGGCUUAGGGACGAACGCAGGAGCAAUGAAAGGGCCCGAGAAGAACGACGGAGCAGAGACAGAGCCCGCGAAGAGCGCAGGAGUAGAGAUCAGAAAGUGCUCAGGAGUAGAGACCAGAGGGAGCACAGGAGUAAGGAUGGAGGCUGGUCUAAGGAUGUGCACAGGGAUAAGAACACGGACGCUAAUAUGGCUAAGGAAGUACAUAGUGGCGAGAAUGGCAGUAAAAAUAUUGAAUCGCGAGUUACAGGUAAGACGAGAGAGGGACGGGGAAGUAGGGAUGAGGGCAUACCCAGAGAAAGAAGUAAAUUUGGUCAUCAUAACAAAAAUGAGCAAGUCAACGUUACUCAGCAUAAGGAGAAAGUUAGCAACCUUAACAAGAAAGUGUCCGGAAUAGCAGAAGGUCCAGAGGAUGGGCGCUCACAUAAAGACAGGACGGUCGACAGUGACGUUGGUAGAGAUAACCCAUACCACCGAUCUACCAAACCUACAGAGGAGCUUGUGUAUCCCAAAAAGCCUAUACGUGACGACAAAGAUGCAACUGAACACCAAACUAUUCCUGAGCCUGUCAAGUCAGCUGGUGUGCCUCCCGAGAAGAAGAACUUGCUUAGACAGUGGACUGAAGAAUCUAUGCCCAUACCUAAAAAGGGAGAGACUUUUAAGAUUCGCGUACCUAAAAAGGGCAAGGCACGUAUUGCACACGUUCUUGAACUUUCGGCGGUCCAAGACGUCGCAGAACAUUCACCACUCACAAAAAUUCACACAGUGCGUCCAAAUCAGAAUAAUUUGUCAGUGCAUGAUGAUGCAAGUGCUCCCAAGUCCGGCGGAGGCACCGCAAGCAAUGCAAUGAAGUCGCUGAAAAAGGGAUCGGCCCAUAGUUUGUUGAGGAAACAGACAAGUGGUACCACGGAUGUGUCUGGUUCUGGAGACGCCCGGACGAUAUUUUCCCGUUCCAGUAAUGAAUCAGAGAAACCCAGGGUAAACAAGACUAAAAUCAUGGACGAGCAACGGAGAGGGCUGAAGAAGCUGCGCAAGGAAGUAAAGAUUGAGAGCAGGAGGAAAAGAAAGCUAUCGAGGGGUAUGAAAGAAGUGUCGAAAGCGGAUACAGUUUCCCAGAAGAAUGUGAAAAAAGAUCUGAAGAUGGCAAAGAUGGAUUAUAUAGAUAUUCGCCCCAAGUAUGUGACAUCGGACUCUAGUGAUGUCAGUAGUGGUAGUGAGGCCAGCGCUAAAUACACGGAUGGAAACUCCAGUGCUUCCGAAUUGGAGAGCGAAGACGGACAUGGUUUUGCUACGGAUCCGACGAAGGGUAAGCAACCUGUGUGUACCAUCUGUGGCGAUCCUGACAAUUCGCAAGGUGAAGGAGGCAUGGACUAUCUGUUUGUGUGUGCGACACCUUCAUGCAAUAAUGCUGGGCAUGGUAGUUGCUACGGUUUUACUUCGGUGCUAGUGGACAAUUUAUUUCAAAGCGAUAGGCCGUGGUAUUGCAAUUAUUGCAAGAAAUGUACCAAGUGCGGGUCCACCGAUGAGGUCAAUAUGUAUUUGUGCGAAUACUGCGAUUCUGGCACUCACUUGGCCUGCUGCGACCCGCCGCGGAAAAAGAGACCUUCGGAGAACGAGGACUGGUUCUGUAAAUUAUGUACGUUAUACGGGAAUGGUGCGGGUAUAGGUCUACAGCCUAUACCCGGAGAAUAUCGUCCAAAAUUAUUUACGUCUGCAAAAACCGGGGCUGUAUCGAGCAAACCUACAAGCUCGGGGGAAAGCAGUCAUGAAGUAGCAACUACCAACAAGGGCAGCGCCACGAACAAGGUAGCGGUGCAAAAAUUAUCUGCACAAACGUCUGCGUCAGAAGGAAAGACAACCUCGUCAGCUUUUCCGAAAUCCGUUCAUCAAAAUGCACAUUCCGACACUGGGUCAAGUAUAGCAAAGGCCGCAUCAAUCGCUAACAAUGGCGGGAUGCGCGCGCAACUGGGCUUAACCAAUUCGCCUUUCGCAAUAGUAAAGCCGAAUGCGACAGUACCCCUGGCAGAUCCUAGAUUGUGAAUCAACAUACCGCUUUGGUGGUGUAGUAAAUCUACACACUCUCCAGGCCUCCACUGUACCGAAUGUUGAUGGUGUGGUAGGAGCGAUAAUCGCAGAGAGUAUAUGAGGCGACCAAUCUGAGAGGACCGAUCUAGAGGUGUCCAGCUGUCGAUUACAAAGAGGGCGUGCAUUUUUUUUCUUAAAUGAUGAACAUAAACUUGCCACAGGUUCGCUAUGAAUCUCUCUC